GACGCGCCAAGUCAACAUAUCGAUUGAUGCUCUUCUUGCCCACUGUCAAUGCGUUGGUUGCCUUGUAGCUUUUCUUGCGUGUUCAUUCGUUCAGUCACAUUGUAAUCUACAACAUGUCUGCACCAGCGACAUCAGACCCUGUAAACCAGAGUGGAGCUACCUCCAAGUCGAAGAAGAAGAAGAACAAGAAGAAGGGUGGCAGCCAAGGAGUGAACAAGAUUGAGGAGGGCGCGCAAAUCAACGGCAAUCACGACAAGACCGAGGCAGAACAUGACGACGACGUGGAUGAGGAAGAAGAGCAGACUAAACCCGCCGCCGCGCAAACAGUCGACCGAGACGCAGACGAUGUCGAAGACGAAGAGCAACCGCUCUCUCCCACGAUAGCUCAGGCAAACGGCACACACCAGCACAGCAUAGCCUCCGCAGUCGCUCUAGGCUUUUCGCGCUCGCGCUCACCGCACAUGUCACCGUCUCCGCCGUCAGAUUCAGAAACCACAGCGCGACUCGAUGCAAUUGCGAAGGAACGAGAUGCACUACGACAGGAAGUUACCGAGUUGAGGAAGAAUCUGGAAAGCAUACAAAGUCAACACGAGGGGCAGACCACAGAAGGCGCGCAGUCAAAGCACGAAGAGGAGGUCCAGGCUUUAAGAGAGGAGCUGGAGGAAGCGAACGAAGGCAAGGAGCACUUUGAGACACAGUACAACAACCUCCUGGGGCGGGUGAACACCAUUAAGACGAGUCUGGGCAACCGCAUGAAAGCUGAUGCGGCCAAGAUCGAAGAGUAUGAAGCUCAAGUCGCAGAGCUACAAGACCAGAACGGAGAGCUGCAGGAGAAGAAUAGUAGCCUUAGCGAGGAGCUGGCGAAAUUACGGCAAGAGAAUGAAGCACAGGUGACCGAGAUCAGCAAUUUGCGAAGCAGAUCAAAUCUCUCCCAGCAGAACUGGGUAAAAGAACGCGAUGAGCUCAUCUCCCGCGAGGCAUACGCACGGGAAGAGUUUGAGAACGCAAAACAGGCUAUGCAAGAUUGGGAAGUACUCGCUAUGAACGAACGGUCGCUACGAGAGAGCUUGUCUGAGAAGGAAGGCGAGCUCAAGGAACAGCUUGAGAGCCUCAAAGACGAGUUCGAGCGAGCUGCAAGAGACAGAGACCAGAACAAUCAGGCUGUCGAAGGACUGCAAAAAGCACUGCAGGAAGUGCAGAACCUGCGAAGAUCUGAACUCAAAAAGUCCGUGGAGACAUACGAAUCCCAGAUCAACGAGCUCCGAAAACAAGUCCAAGCCGCAGAGGAAGCAUCGAAAGCCGCCAAGGCCUUGGUCGAAUCAACACAGAAGGAGCUAGAGAGAGCUCUACCGUUUGAGAAAGAAGUCAAAGAGAAGAACCUACUAAUUGGCAAACUGCGACACGAAGCAGUAACGCUUAACGAACACCUCACAAAAGCACUGCGCAUUCUGAAGAAAGGCCGGCCAGAGGACAACGUCGAUCGCCAAAUCAUUACGAAUUACUUCCUGCACUUCUUAGCUAUCGAUCGCUCGGAUCCGAAGAAGUUCGAAGCCCUUCAGCUUAUCUCUAUGUUGCUGGGCUGGACAGAUGAACAAAAGGAGCAAGCCGGCCUCGCUCGUCCAGGCACAUCCUCUUCCUCUUCGAGGCUAGGAGUACCCUCGUUGCCGUUCCGCCGCACACCCAGCACACCAUCGCUCAAUUCAAUGUCGGAUCCCAUGUUGAUGGCCAGUAGCUCGAGCAACAAGGAGUCCCUGGCAGAGCUGUGGCAGGACUUCUUGGAGCGCGAGGCUGCUGAGGGGAAAGAUGGGAAAGAUGCGAGUAGAAAAGGAAGCACUGUGAGUCCGCCGCCGAGGAGUGGCAGUGGGCUGGGCAUUAGUGAGAAGUAGAUGCGCAAGGUACGGUGAUGUAACAUAAGUCUUCAUUCGGUCGAGUCAUCCAGCGGAC